UGCAAGCCAAAUAACAUGGAGUCCUCUGUCUGGCAUCUCCAAGGGAUCCAUGCAAAAUCCUGAGCGCCUAUCUAUUCUAAACACAGAGCCCGUAAGUUUGUCCGUGGGAGCAGCUGCCGAAGCUUCUUGCGAGCAUCGCGUCGGGGCGUGAAGCUUCAGCUCUUGUCCUCAACUAUGACGGACGGUGCUUAAAACAACAAGCCUCUCAGUGCGAUCCGCAAAGCAGGCCGAUUUCACACAGAAGAGGAGGAGAUUGCACCAUGUAGGUGGACUGGUCACUAGUGGGUCUCCAUACUGCUCUCUGGGGGAAUCAUGGAGCCAGAAGGCCAAUCCCUGACCCCAGAGACCAGCUAUGGGCCCCCAUCCUUCAACUCAGCACAAAACUCUGUAACCUCCGCCUUCCUCAACUGCACCCUACAGUCCUCAUGUUCUCCAAAAGUGCAAGACGGCUCGAUGUCUGCCAAAUGCUCAUGGGGCCACCCAGGAGAUGAGGGCCCAGAGCAGACGGAGGGCGCUCGGCCCAGUUCGGACCCGGGGAGGAGCGCACAGAGGAGAUUCAGGUCCUCAGCCUUUCCCUCCUCCCUGAGCUGGGACUCAGACUCUGAGAGAGAAACACUAGAUGAGGAGGAGCUACAGCACUUUUCUAACCCUCAUGGUCUGGCUGCUCACAGCCCUGGAUCUCCUUCUUCUGGACUCAGACUUGAUAGUGAAGAAGACGAAGAACCUGAAAAACUACAGCCGUUGCAAACUAAGACUGAUCUGUCUACCAGUGUGGAGGGGAACGACAACAAUAGCAACAAUGAGAGCACAAAUACAGAAGAGCCAAAUACAUCUCAGCUUGGCCCUAGUAAAUUGGCAGACAACAAAGUCUGGAAUGUAUCUGAGGGAGCUGAGCUGUUUCUGUCCAAACUAAAACCAAAGGAAGGCUGCCAAAUGGAGGAGGCGGACAAUAGAGAAGGCGAGAAAAGGCCCAAGGGAAAAGAAUCCAAGGAGCCUGAGAGAGAUGUGUACACCUUCCCUGGAGACUCAGACCCCGAGAGUCCCCCUCCUGCCCCCUGGGCUCAUUGCACAUUCAUUCAGCGGUGCAGAAAGAAGAGGGUCCUGCUCAGGCCCUUCUCCGGCCUCAGCCCCUUGAAGCGCACAUCGUCUGUGACUGGGAAGCGAGUGAGAGAGAGUCCACAAAAACCCAAAAGCCCUGAACCAGCACAGCUCAGUCAAGGUGGAGGGGUUUAUGACUUUGAUGAAGUCACCUUUGAGGAGGGAGUGUUGGAAGAACCGAUAAAGUUCAGAGGCAGAGGAAAGAAACAAGACCAAGAAGAGGAAAGCGAUGCUGAGCUGGGAAAAGAGAUUUUCACAUGUGUGGAAUGUAGCAUUUACUUCAAGAAGCAAGUCCACCUUCAGGAGCACAUGACUGAACACUGUCAGAGUGGUUCAGUGGGUGGCAAGAAGGACCGAUUAGUCAAGGGAGGGCGUUUUCGAUGUAUGGAGUGUGGAUGGAACCUGCCAAAUCGACUUGCACUGGCAGACCACCACAGACGGCACCAAGAGUCCCGUCUUAAAAUCUUGGAGGAGAUUGAGAAACUCAAUGAAAAUAAGAAGACAAAGGAGACUGAUGAACAGGAAGGCAAAGUUGUGAAGAACAUAACCCUUGACCCAGCUGUUAUGCAAGAUGCAGGCCCAGUCCUGAUUCCAAGGAAAGUCUCAGAAACAGAAAUAGUCACAUCUCCACCUCUGUCCCCAACCACGAUUUCAACACCCAACCCAGAUUCUGCAAUCAUUGACUCAGACACUAGUCCUCUAAACUGCAUCCGGACCCCAGUUCAGGGCCGAGGUGUCUCUGGCUAUCGCCGCCGUUUUGUCUGCACUAAGUGUAACUUUAGCACAAGAACCUCCCAGGCACUGGCUAAUCACUCAAAGACCCACAACCGAAAAACAGCUGCUCGCCAGGCUGACUGUCCAUCUCCUGGUUCAUCGUCCUGUUUGGCAUCCACUUCCCUGGCCUGUGCUCAUUGUGCCUUUUUGACAUCAAGUCAAACUGUACUGAGGGAACACCAGAAAGUCGCUCACCCGGGACAGGCCUCUGUCAGUGGGGCGCAGGCUGAUGAGAAUGGCCAGUGUCCAUGGCCCAAUGCGGGCGCUCGUAUUUCAAAACCUGUCUUAGAUCCUAAUCUCUCUGGGUCUGGAUCUCUGACCGAUGCCUCUCAAGGCAAAAGCCAACAAGGACUCACUGCCUCUGAGGACAGCACAAUACCAGAUGGUGCAGAAGCUUGGCCCACAAGCCAAGUGGCAUUCAAGCGUGUCGGGAACAGGAGAUUCAGCAGGAGAGGGAAGAUUUGGACUAAGGCUCAUGCCAGACUUGAAUAUGACAAGCUGCCUGGGAGUGAAGAUGAAGAUCAGAGCACAGAGAUGGACACUGAGGUGUUCCAGCAAAAGGCAAACUCACCUGUGGACCUGAAACGGCACACCAGAGCUCAGUCCAACACAGAUGACUGUUCUGCAGAGCGCAGUCCUACAGUGUCGCUCCCUGCGAAGAAGACUGUCGGGGAUGAAGACAAGCAGGAAGUGGGAAGAGAUGGAAAGGUUUUCUUUUUGAGGAGGAGCAGUCGGGUUACUGCCGUUACUGCAGAAAUUGGCAGUGAUGAUGACGACGACGACAUUGAUGAUGAACGUUUGCGACGCUUCCUGUCAGAGGGCAUCUUGGAUGAAGACAAAGACGAGAUUGAUGAAGACACAGAAGCGCUAAAGUCUGUGGAGAGGAAAUGCCCCUACUGCCCUGAUCGAUUUCAUAAUGGCAUUGGGCUUGCCAAUCACGUGAGAGGCCACCUGAACCGGGUGGGCGUCAGCUACAAUGUGCGUCACUUCAUAUCCCCUGAGGAAGUCAAUGCGAUUGAGAAGAAGUUCUCCUAUCAGAAGAAGAAGAAAAAAGUUGCCAACUUUGACCCAGACACCUUCAGUGUGAUGCACUGUGAGUUCUGCAGUGCUGGCUUUGACACCCGGGCCGGACUGUCCAGCCAUGCCCGGGCGCACCUCCGCGACUUUGGCAUCACUAACUGGGAUGUAACCGUGUCACCGAUCCACAUCCUGAGGGAGCUUUUCUCCAGCAGGCCUGACCUUGUAAUCCCCACAGCUCCCCCUCGGAGUCCGGGCUCGCAACCGGAGGAGUGUGACAACAAUGAAGAAGAGGAAGAAGAACCAGAGGAGGGUGCGGAAGGAAUCACUAAAGUAAAGCUGGAGAGGGAGAGUGAAAGGAUGCAGAGUGGUGCCGGUACUGAUGUGCUGCCUUCAGCAUCUCCACAGUCUUGGAAACAUGAGGAAGGGGCCAAAGAGUGUGAGGUUGAGGAGGAGGAAGCAGCCGAGGAAGAAGAUGAGGAUGAGCUGCAGCUUCAAGCUCUGGAUGGUCUGAGCUCAAGCCCCGGGAAAACAGGGUUGUGCAGUGAGGACCAAGACUGCCUCUCACCCAGGGAGGAUGCUGACACCAAGGUUGACAGCUUAAAGUGUGAGGUGUGUGGGGCUCAGUUUGAGACCAGGCGAGGACUCUCCAGCCACGCCCGCUCUCACUUACGCCAGCUGGGCAUCAGAGUUUCAGAAAGCAGUGGGGCGCCCAUCAACCUCCUUUACCAAAUUGCCAAGGAGCGCAACCUAGACAGCCAAAUAAGCUCAUCUCUCCUGGAGCCCCUUUCAGCCAAGAACUCCUCCCCCUCUGCUUCUCAAAAAGAUGAAGAGUUAGAAGACAUGGACUUGGACGAGAAACCAAUCCCUCCCUCCAUCCUGGCCAAAGCAGCGAAAGCAGUGCCACCCUCCCCCUCCUCAACGCCUACACCUUCUCCCGGUGCCUCUCCAGCUCAGGCCCAUUGUGGCUCUCCUUCUUCAGUAGUGAGGAAAGCCCCCAUUUCCUCCCUCCUGCCUGUGUCUUCCCCCUUGCGCUCCCCAGAGCACAAGGCUGGGGGGAUAAAAAGCUUAACCUCUAACCUGUCCACCCCUGCCACCAUCACAUCAACCAAGCCCCUGUGGGCACCGCAGGAGAACGAUGCUCCUCUCAACCUCACACUGGAGGUGGAUCCCAACAAAGACAUUGUUUGUCAGCUUUGUGGUGCUUGGUUCGAGACACGGAAAGGCUUGUCCAGUCAUGCACGAGCCCACCUGCGACAUUUUGGUGUAGAGUAUUCUGAAUCUAAGGGCUCCCCCAUUGACCUACUGAACCAGCUCAUUGACACGGAUGACUUCAAGCACAAAGCCAGUGUGUUGCAGCUCGACAGUCCCGCUGAACCACAAGGGCUCACAACUACGCUCUCCUCCCCAAAGCAGUCCCUGUUGAGCCUGUCAUCCUCCUCCUCCUCUUCUUCGUCUUCAUCUCUUCUAUAUAAAGUGACCACAGCUGGGGGUGGGUCGACGUCCAAAGCUACCUCUUCCUCUGCCUCAUCUUUGCUUGGCCCACCUGCCAAGCGACUCAAGUCCUCUUCCAUGCAGGUCUUCCGCCUGAGUAGUGGGGAGCUCAUGGCCCUUCCACAUAGUGAACCUCCAAAGGAAAUAGGCUGUGAGUUCUGUGGAGAAUAUUUUGAGAACCGUAAAGGCCUCUCCAGCCAUGCCCGCUCCCACCUUCGCCAGAUGGGCAUCACUGAAUGGUCUGUCAAUGGCUCCCCAAUAGACACCCUGAGGGAGAUCAUUACAAGGCGUGGUCUUCCCUGUGCCCUUCCCCUGAAACCACUCAAAACCCCACCUCCAUCCUCUCCAGGACCCCCUCGGUCACCUCUGUCGACCUCCUCAUCCUCCCCUUCAGCCACCCUUCUCAACCGCCUGCCCUUUGCCUUCGCCCGCCCCUCCAGCCCACCUCAGUCAGCAGUGUCUAAGUUGAACUCUGCUCCACCAACGUCUUCUAGUGGGCUGAUCCUUAAGCUCAAGCCUGAACCAGUGCAGCUCGAAGUCACCGCGCCUCAGGCAGUUGGGAGAUCUGGAGGCUACCAUACCGAAUCCCUCAACUCAAACUGGAGCAGCUCUGACAGCGUGUUCCCACUCAACCUAGCCAUGACCCAUGAAGCAGAGCCUACAAGGGAUAUUCGCUGUGAGUUUUGUGGUGAAUAUUUUGAGAACCGUAAAGGCCUCUCUAGCCAUGCACGCUCCCACCUGCGCCAGAUGGGAAUCACUGAAUGGUCUGUCAACGGCUCCCCAAUCGACACCCUGAGGGAAGUUAUGCACAAGAGAGGGGUGGGUGCCUCUGCACUUUCAGACCAGGGAGUGAAGAAGGAGUCAAGCCAUGGAGCAAGCAGUCCUUCAUGGGAGAACCCAGGGCUUGCUGGCAGUUUGGAGGGUUUGGGUGUUUCAGCGUACCAGUCAUCUAAAUUGAGAAAAUCUCCCCUCAGUUUGCUGCAGUCAGGGUCAAGGCUUCAUAAGCAAGGACUGGGAUCUGUGGGCUCAUCUGCUACCACACCCACAGGGAGAUUCUUCAGGAUGUCCCCACUGGGGAAAAGGCCACUGUCAGAAGAGGCCCAGUCACUGGAGACUGUCCACUCACCACCGCAUCAUCUGAAGACUUAUUCACCUCUGCCACAUGACUUUUCCUUCAAAAGAAAAUCACCCCCAGUCAAGCAUGGGCACCAGGAUCCCAGCUGUGAGCUCUGCGGGUUCUACUUUGAGAACCGUAAAGCUUUGGCCAGUCACGCACGAGCACACCUCAGGCAGUUUGGGGUGACUGAGUGGUGUGUAAAUGGAUCCCCCAUCGAGACGCUCAGUGCUUGGAUGCGCAGCAGGCCACAGAAGGUGUUGGAGAUGCACCGUAGCUACAUGCAGGGCAACCGCUCUGCGCUCAAGAAGAAGAGCAUCUCUCCUCUGUCUAUGUCAACGGAUUCUGAUCAUAUCCGCCCCAUCUCAUCACAGAAGGCCUCUUCCUCCUCCACCUCUCAAUGGUCCUCCUCUUUGGCUGUCAGCCUGGUGCGACCGCUGAGCCGCGAGGUCGGCCAUUGCUCUUCCAAGACUGUGGAGGGUGAAGCCGGUACCGCCCCUUUGCUCAGACCCAGCCACAACAGUCCCAGCCCCUCGCGGCUCUCUGGCAGCCUCCCCCUUCAAGCACAGGUGGCACGCAGUGAGCUUAACGUCCGCCUGCCCAGAGGUUUUGAGCGUCGACCUUUGAAGCAUCCGUCUUAUCCAGAUGGAACAGAGCGGGAGAGUGGCCCCCCGAAGCCCCUGCGCACAGGCACAGUCCCUUCCCUGGUGCCCAAACCGCCCUCCUACCCACUGGUCAAACUGGUGGGAAAGUUCUACACCCUGAAGUGCCGGUUCUGUGAGGUGGAGUUCCACGGUCCGCUUUCCGUGCAGGAGGACUGGAUCAGACACCUCCAGCAGCACAUCCUGAAGAUGAACUACAAUAAGCCUGCUGCGCCCAAAGCAGUGUCCGCAGACCCCCCUGCCUCAGCUGAAGACCCAGCCCCGGUCCAGGCCACCUCUGCUGCCCCAGCCUCCACCUCUACCUCCAGUACCACUUCUACGCCUCCCGCCCCCACUCCUACUACCCCUACUUCCACUCUCACCACGGCUCCCAACAGCCACUCCCCCGUGCCCCUGGCCAAGUGUGCUCCCACCAACACUGCCACAGAGAUAGAGAAUGUCUCGAGGAGCAGCCCGCCCUGACUCCAACUCCCAUUCCCCCUCACCACCCAAGCGGUCUAAGCUCAACUCCUGCUGCUUUUUCUUAUUUUGUUUCUCCUGCCUUUGCGAUUUCUUUUUCAUCCAUCCAUUCCUUUUUUUGUUGGCCUUCACAAAGUGUUGUUGAGGAGGAGUGUUUCCCCUCCAAAGAGCCCUCUGAGCCCCAAGCACCUUUGAAGCAGCUUUCCAGACUGUUACUAAGUCCUGUUACCAUGGGAACGAAGCUCUCUGGCUUAUCUGUGCACCGGGGAUGGGUGAUUGUGAGAACUAUCCAAGGUUAUGAGGAGAGAUGAGCUAAUGUUUUGUGUUUUUGCCUUGUUCAUAUUGAAUGUCCAGUUGUUGACAUGGACCUCUCCUCCCAUUCAGGGGUUAAAACAGCCCUUAUCAAACAUAAUCCUCCCUCUGCUUAGUAUAGCUCUGCCCUCCCUUUUCCCCCUCAAAAGUGCGUUACUAACCUGCGAGACUUUGACCACUUCUACCAGCACUCCGGUAGCUCUGGUCUCAGCCUCUCAAGGUCCUGACUGAGAUUAAAAGACACUCAUAAUCAUACUAGUCUCAUGGUUGAGACUUUAAACAUGUGGUAACACUUUGUGUUAAAAAUGGCACUUUUUAAUGUUGACAUCACUGAGCACUUACUUAAACACCCAUUUAUAUGGGUGAAAUUUGACUAAUUGAGAAUGGUUAAAGGAGCAAGAAGUGGAAGCACAUCCAAAAAGGGAAGAUCCCCAAGUUAACUUUAAUGUGACACUGUCCCCAAAUGAUUAAUUUUGCUUGAAUGUAGCUUAAAGCACCUAAUAAAACCUUAUAUGCACACUUUCAUACACAAUCAAACAAAAGGUAUUAAUCUUUUGACAUCCACUGAUUUCAGGGUCAGGGUUGGGAACGGAUGAAGUGUAAGGGUGGUAUGUGUGAUAUUUGAAAGGGAACAUCUUCUAGUUUCAGUGUUUAAUGUAGCUGAAACAAUAUCUGUUAAACAUGACUGAUACCUAACCCUAAACUGGGCCUCCAGUGACCCAGUGGAUAUUAAGAGGUUAAUAAAUCUUUGCUAGUUUUAGCUUACGUACUCUGCUGUUUUCAGCAGAUAGAGCUGCUGUUUUGUAGAAGGUACAGUCGCUCUUUAAUCUCCCUUUCUUUAUUUGAGAACUGGGGCCAUAGAAAAUGUUCAAGGUUAUGUAUUUCACAUGUUUAGAUUUUCCACUCUGUGUUGCCAUUUUUCUUCCUGCCUUUUUUUUCAGUGUAACCCAAAUUAUUAUUUAUUUAUUGUUAUGCAUCUGAAUGUGGUAAGCUAGAUCGUUUUAAGGAUAAAGUAGAACUUUGGAAUGUUGGAAAAUAGUUUUAACAGUGCACUUUUGUACUAGUGCACUGUGUGCGUGCAUCUUAGUUUGUAUGUUUGUGUACAUACAUGGCAAAUGCUCAUUUGUUUCCCAUUUUGAAGAAAAGAUGGAGGUAAAACUGCUCGAUAGGAAGAAGUUUCCUUAGCUCAGAGUGUUGGAGCUUGUCUGUAUUUAGUCUGAUCAGGACUUAUAUGCAUCCAUCGUCGUGGUAGGAUGUGCCAAAGAGUCUGUUUACUUCCGUGUCUUGCCUCCGUAAAAGCUGUUUACAUUGGACCUGAUGGUGGAGGAAACUCUCCACACUGAACAAUGGACAAACAGUGAAACCAGCGGCGAUCUGUACCGUGGAGAAUGAAAAGAACUGCUGGAGUGGCUUCACGGGACUUCAUGUCAUUACUGUAGGCUUAGAUUAUUCCAAUUGAACAUGAACACAAACCAAACUUCAAGCAGAGCUCCUUGAGAAACAUCAGCCCCUCAGUCCAAACACAGAAACAUGUGACCUCGGGUGUACGAGAGGAGCGAUCGGCGCCAGGCUCCUGAGGUUGGAGUCUGUCUCUUUCUACGUUGCUUCAGAGUGUGUUCAUAUCAAAACUUGAGCUGAAGCAAUAACUCAAGGGUCCAUAUAGGCGGAUGACCUUUUAAACUCUGUUCCAGUGUUGCCCAUGUUUGAGACAUGACUGUUCAAUCCAAACAAUACCCCAACCCCUUUUAUGGAGUAUAGAUACAUACUAUAUAACUACAUGUACUUAAGAAACUGUUGAUGCUAGUAGAGCUAUCAGCAGUUCUAUUAGCAAGGUAGUUAAAAAAAAAAAGUGAUCUUAAUUCCUCUAUCGUGAUUUGAUUUCAACCUUUGAUGCUAUGUAUUUUUUAUUGCUCUGUGCAUUUCUGUAUUUGCAGUCCUGCAAGGUGAAACUUAGAGUAUUUUUUAUUUUUAUCUGUUAGUCUCUCCAAGCUGAAACUCUGGUGCUGGUGAGAGUACAGCAGGUUGGAAUCUGGCAAGUUGGUGAGUGACUAAAUGCGAGACAAACAUUUCAUUGUGAUUGUCACGUCCUGGUAUCAAGGGACUCUAAUAAACCAGGCCUUAAAGGGGACCACUUUGCACGGUGAGACAUGAUCCUCUCUCGGCAUUCACUAAGUUAAACAGAGCCUGUUGCAGGUCUGUGGCUGCACAGACACCAGUGCAUUAGAGGUCUCCCUUUUAAGAUGACCUGAAAUAGCCUCAGCCAGUGUAACUGGCUAGUAUGCGUGUGUGAGUGUAUGGGUAUAUAAAAAGAUGCUGAGAUGACAAUGACUAAGAAGAAAAAGAUGCUGUUGAGGAAAUAACUGUGCUGUACACAAAAGGUUAAGUUUCAAGUGAAUCAACUCCAGAACAAACAAUAAAUGUGAUUUCAAUUUCA